AUGUCAAUUCCGUUGCGCUCCGGCCUGCCGCGGGAUGCCUGGGCGCCUGAUGGCACUCAGAUUCCCGCCGGUCUGCCUGUCACCCUCGCGCCGGGAUCGGCUGCCCCUGUUGCGGUCUCGUAUGCCGGCAUUUCGGGCAUCGUUCCGGCAGGCGUUCCGCCGCAGAUGGGUGUUUCGGAUCCUGCGGGCGUUUCGGGUCCGGUUCCGAGCCAAGCUGGUGGGGCCCCGCCUCUUCCGCCGCACUGGGAACGCAAGUGGGACGCAGAGCGCGGCCGGUACUACUACGUCAACCAUCGUGAUCGGACGACGUCGUGGACGCCACCGGAUCCAGAGCUCGAGGCGGUCAUCGCAGCGUCGCUGGCAGAGACUACCGGGGCUAGCGGCUCGACCGGUUGUGACUCGGGCGGCAGUGCUGACGACGAUGAUGAGGAGCUGCAACGGGUGCUGGAGCUGUCACGGCUGGAGGCCGAGGCGGCGGCGGCAGCAGCGGGUGCGGCGGAUGGCGGCGAUAGCUCCGGUGACGAGGUAUGA